AUGGUCCGUAAAUUAUUCUUCAAGUUGAGCAAUAAUCCACUAGAUGGAACCGCUAUCGUUUUGAACUUCAAUUAUCUUGAUAACAAAGACAAAUUUGUAAGAAAUGGUCGAAAAAGAAUAGAAACAGUUUUUAAAUCUGAAGAUCUCGAAAGACUUUUGUUUAUUUAUCCUCAUUUUUUCACUUAA